UCUGUGUUUGUAGUUUUGACAUUUGACAGAAAAUUGGAUCAAUAAACCGUCGGAGAGUUGACUUAGCAGCUAGCUAGAUUCUAGACUUGUAUUGAUUUUUAAUUAUUCACUACGAGAAGCGAGCGGCGUAUUCGUCUCCCUCCAAGUUUAUCGUAUUGUCACAUUUUCUCACCUUCAUCUUCCUAGUUUGAGACCCAGAACGACAUGGCGGCUGAAGCUCUAGUUCCUUUGGAAUCGAAUCCUGAUGUUAUAAAUAAGUUCCUUCAGAAGCAUGGAGUUCCUACUAAAUGGAAUAUUGUAGAUGUGAUGGGACUGGAGCCUGAAAUGCUAUCUUGGGUUCCGAGUCCAGUAGUCGCAGUUACUCUUUUGUUCCCAAUUUCCGAAGCAUAUGAAGAACACAAAAAUAAAGAAGAAGCUGAAAUUCUAUCCAAAGGCCAAGAAGUCUCCAAUAAUCUUUUUUAUAUGAAACAAAAUAUAAGUAACGCUUGUGGUACUAUUGCAGUUAUUCAUGCAGUUGCCAAUAAUACAGAUAAGAUAGAGAUUGCUGAUGGCCACUUGAAGACCUUUUUGGAUGCUGCAAAGGAUUUAGACCCAGCAGCUCGUGGUACUUUGUUUGUCAAUAGUGAUGGCAUUAUUAAUGCUCACAAAGAACUUGCCCAAGAAGGACAAACUCCAGCUAAUCCCGACGAACCUGUUAAUCAUCAUUUUAUAACUUUUGUACAUAAGGAUGGAGUUUUGUAUGAACUAGAUGGUCGCAAAGCUUUUCCUAUUAAUCACGGUCCUACAACUCCUGCAACUUUCCUGGAAGAUGCAGCUAAAGUCUGCAAGGAGUUUAUGGCUAGAGAUCCAAAAGAAGUUAGAUUCACAGUGAUGGCACUGGCUGCUACUGAGUAAUGUCUUUCAUAUACUAUUAAUCUUCAUUAUUUAUUUUUUCUACUUGUGCUUGUACCUAACUGCCAAGCUUUUAGUAUUAAAUUUUGUCUAACUUUUGAAUACCAAAAUUUAUAUGCUGUGCAAGCUUACAUGUGAUAUUAAAUUGUGACUGUACUUUU